CCUCCCAAGGCUCCACCCCCAAAAUCUCUAGAACAGGCAACCCUUGAGGCGAGGCCAGGUGGAGCUUUUCUCCUGCAAGGGUCUUGAUUGGCCACUGGAGAUUUGAUUGGCUGUGCAGCUUUUAAAAAGCAGUGCUUUGGCAAGAGCUGCCGCCGCACCACAAGAAUCUGUGCUGUGACUGCAGCUUCCUGUUAAAAGCUUCCCAGUCUAUACCAGACGAGUGAGGGGUUGUUGCUGAACUUCAAACAUGGGGAUUCUGAGCACAAAAACUGAAGCACCUGCUUCUGAAAAUCAAGGAGCCAAGGAUGGGAGAACCCCUGAGAUCCACAAGACGCAACCAGCGAGCGAGACGCCAUCUGACGUCUCCCAGAGGACAACUCGUACCUAUUGUGUCGAAGAUAGUACAAAGCGGCCUAUUCAACAGGGGAACAAAGGCCACAUCCAGGUAAUUUGUGAAGAGAGAGAGGCACCGCAAGAGGCCUCCCAACCAGGGGCCACUGGGUCUUCAACGGUUGUCUGUGGGGCUUCAGAAAAGGGUGAAAUAGCCCCUGAAUUAAUGGAACUCAUUGAGAAGCUCAUGGCAGAUAGCGACCCUCCCCUUUCAAGAACAGACAUCGUGUGUCAGCCGUGCGAAGAGUGCCUCUCACGAGAGGGUUCUGACCUUGAAUGUGACUUAUACUCCUCCCUCAUGUUGGAAAUGGAGCCGGGGGUCCCCAAGAAACUCUUUGAGGCCUUCCUCCCACCACCCCCGGAAACGUUAGACUCAUGGGAUGUAAUAGGAGAAGCUAAGCCCUGUAAGGGAUCUAAAGAGACCCACCCUGAGGUGCCCGUUGCAGAAGCGAUCGGAGCUCAGGCAGCCAACCCAGCUCCACAGCAACAAUCUCCAGAGAAUGUGGGUAUCUCAGAUGCUGCAUCACAGACGGUGCCGGCAGGCAAGGGUGCUGGAGUUGACACGGGAAUGAUGGAGGAGGAGGAGAUUUGGGUUUGUUCAAGGGCUCUGGGGACUCAGGAGGGUGCCCACAGACUUGAUGGACAGAGGCAAGAGAACUUAGUUGAGUCCCCUGAUUUCGAUCCCUUCUGGUUCCUGGGCGGACUUUGAUGCACCACAAGUAAUAAAAGCUGGGAGAGACUCUUGGGAAGAGAGCAAGAGGAUGCUAUAUAUAUAUAUAUAUAUAUAUAUAUUUCAAAGGGAAAACAAGAGCACCUCAAAACGCUAUUAGUGCUUGGUUCUUUCUAGGGCUUUUUUUUGGUAGCAGGAACUCCUUUGCCUAUUAGGCCGCACCCUCUGAUGUAGCCAAUCGUCCAAGAGCUUACAGGGCUCUUAGUCCAGGGCCUACUGUAAGUUCCAGGAGGAUUGGCUACAUAAGGGGUGUGUGGCCUAAUAUGCAAAGGUGUUCCUGCUCCAAAGAAAGCCCUGGUUCUUUCUAUGUACUUCACUGAGAUCUGGCCUUCCAGCUGUUGAAGGUGACUUUAAGAUCUACAGGUCCGGAUGGUAAAACUUUGCCACUAGAGUAGAAACGGCAAACCUGGUAUUGGAAAUGAAUGUGUCUGUCUUAGAGGUUGUUUUUAAGCUUGUAUACGUUGGCCUGAUUUUUAAUCUUGUAUACAUUGGCCUGGUUUUUAAACCCCGCCCCCCUUCCCCCGGUGCCUUCCAUGAUCCUCACAGCACAAAUAUGGUAUCUUGUAUCACACUUUUAAAAUUUAAACUCUUGCUUUGGUUCACUUCACCUACAAUCACACUCACAAGGUUUACAACCACCUUAUUACUGGGCACAGUGUUUUAAAAAAAAAACCCUCAGAGGUCCGUUGGAGCUCUACAGAUCGUGACCUUGAAAAGCUAGCAAGCAUCCGCUGCUGCAAGAAAUGAUUGUUUUUAAAAUGUGUCAAUAAACAUGGCCUUUUAAUC